UGGAGCGAAGGGGAGGAGACAAUGUUGCAACCGCUUCUGGUUUCCUUUCCUCGGCGGGCAAGCGAGGUCCGUAGAGCGCUACCUCGGAAUCAGGCGCCUCAGUGGUUGUCGUGGGCUUGCUGGGUUCUUUUGCAUUCCUGGCUGAGCCACCCAGCCAAACUUCUCCGCCCUCCCAUAUCUGUCGUUCUUUGUUCAGAUUACGGGGAUUUUAUUAUCGUUAUUAUUUUUUCUUGCUGCUGCGUCCCAAGGGAUGUGAAGAUACAAGUGACCAGCAUUCAAAGCAGGCUUAGCUGGGCAAAACAAUGGAGUGUGCAGCCAUGCUGAGUUGCCUGGACCAUGGAAAAUUCCUUAAAUUCACCUGGAAGGGAAGAUGAUGGUAAUGCUAAGACUCAAAAAGACAGGCAGGUGACUGAAGAGGAAUGGCUGCAGAAAUGGCAAACAAACAAUAUUGGAUUUCAUAAUGAAGAAAUUCAUCCACUUCUAAGAAAGUAUUUGGAUAUGCUUCUCAAUGGCAGGAGUGGACUGAAGAUAUUUGUCCCACUUUGUGGCAAAGCCAUUGAAAUGAAAUGGUUAGCUGACAUGGGGCAUCAUGUGCUUGGUGUUGAAAUCAGCGAAAGUGCGCUGAAGGACUUUUUUGCAGAACAAAACCUUUCCUUUACUGAAGAAACAGUCCCAGAGAUCCCUGGAGCGAAAUUAUUUAAGAGCCUAUCUGGGAAUAUUUCUUUAUACUGUUGCAGUAUCUUUGAUUUGACCAGCACAGUUAUUGGCAAAUGCAAUGGAAUCUGGGACAGGGGAUCUCUAGUAGCUGUUAACCCUUGUGACAGAGAACGCUAUGCCAAUUUGCUAUUAUCACUAAUGGACAGGAAGUGUUGUUGUCUUCUGGUCACCUGUUCUUAUGAUGCAAGCAAACACAAAGGUCCACCAUUCUACGUUCCUGACUCUGAAGUGAACAGUUUAUUUGGAAAAUGCUGUGAUAUUAAGUGUCUUGAAAAAAAAGAUGGCCUCCUGGAGAGACACAAAAAAUGGGGAAUUGAUUAUUUCUGCGAAAUAAUAUAUGCAAUUGUGUUAAAAUAGCGAGAUACAGUACUAAGAGUCUUGAAUACAAGUGUGUGGGCAGGGGGGAGAGACUUGACAACUGGAUUGCAGAACAUCUUUCUUUUGAAUAUUUUCCCAUUCAGAAUGAGUAGUUUUCUAGAUAUUUGAUGUGCCUUGCAACAUCUGUGUUAAAUUCAGUUUCUGAAAACUCUCUUAUGAUAGUCAAGUUUAUCUGUUUGGUCAACUGAACUAUUUCAUCAUUUUAAAAUGGUAAAAAUUUGAGUUCACCAACACUGUGAAUGUUUGGGGGUCUUCUGUACAAUCCUAUUUUCUCCUGUUUUCAAUAAACAUCCUGCAGAAGCUAUUGGAUUGUACAGUCAGAAAGCUGAGGAAAGAUUCACAUGAUCAUAGGAAAUAAUCUGUUAUUAGUAUAAUCUGUUAACAAAAAGCUACAAACAAGUUAGAACAUCUUCAGAAAACAGCAACAAAUUAAGAACUUCACUCAACUACUUCAGCUCCCAAAUAUAUUUCUAAAUAUUUAUUUACUAGUAGGUUGGCCUGUUGUUGACUGGGCAAAGUCAUUUUGCAUAGAUUACACUUAUAGGAAAGUUCAAGCAAUUAAGCAUAUGUACUAGAAUUUGUCAUUAAUGUGCUUGCAAAAGGGAAGUAAGAGAACAGUUUGUCAUUUGUAGGAUUUCAACUUCAAACAUUAUACAUUUUAUUGAAUAAUGACCACACAUAGUAAAUUUGAAUCUAAGAAAGAUCUUCUGCUUCUCUUGCGCAUGAUAUCAUUUUGGAGUUAUUGAACUGAUUGUUGAGCAUUAAAAAUCUGCUGAGAACAAUGACAGUUAAAUAUAGGAUGAUAUCACACAUUCAAACCAUUUCCUAAGCAUAUACCAGUGUGAAAAAUAGUGCAUUCAGCUAAUUUCAGUGGCAGGAUUGUUAAUGCAAAAUUUGGUAGCUGUAGGUAAUUGGGAAUUAUGAUAUUCAGAAUUCUUUCUUUUUAAAAAUACCAAAAAUAAAAAUUGAAUGUUCACUAAGCACAUUCCCGUGUAAAAAGUUGUGCAUUGCUAAUUUAAGUGGCAAAAUUUGGUAUCUAGAUAAUUGGGAAAUACAGCUUUAUUUCACACAAACUAUGCCAUAAACAAACUCUUCAAAAUAUAUAAUAGAUUUAUUAAAGAUAACCUGCCUGAUAUGAAACAUUUCCAGGAGGUUUGCAUAAAAUUCAGGAAUUUAAAAACAGCCAACAAAAGCAAUAUAAACAGUUAAAAACAAUUAAAACAAUAUUUUAAAAUAUUAACAAAAAGCCUAAAGAAGUAGUUGUGUCUUAAGAACUUUCUUGAAGGCAGCCAGAGAUGGAGAAGCUUUUAUUCUGACAGGGAUCACAUUCCAAAAUCUCGGGGAGACCACAGAGAAAGACUGUUUGAAAUAGAAAGGUCAUAUAGCCCAUUCUGAAUGCUCAUAGAAGUGCUUUGGUAGACCUCUGAAAGAGCUUUCCACAACACUGGGAAGACCACUUGAAAAGAUCUAAUUUUGGCUGAGGUCAGCAUUAAUUCAUGCAAUGACAGAGCAUAGAGAAAGACACGAUACAGGUUUUAAUUGAUGAGGCGAAACAUUUGAGAAAAGGUGAUUCCAUAGGUAUGCAGAUCUCAGACCAUGAAGGAAUUUAAGGGUUUAGUUCAACCUUUUUAGUUGAACUAAAUCAGUAGUUCAACUACUGCAGCCACUGCAAAAUUGGUUGUUUGUGCUCCUGCUUUCCCACACCCUCCAGGAGGCAAGCAGCAGUGUUCCACACCUGCUGAAGCUUCUUAGUUGUCUGCCAGAGCGGCCCCAUGUAGAGCAUGUUGCAGUAAUCAAUCUAAGACAUUACAAAAGCAAAAAUAAGGGUGGCAAGGAGGAGUUUAGCCUACACAGUAGAUGUAAAAAAAACAAAAACAGUACCUCAGGCAGGGGCGUAUCAAGGUUGGAGUGGGCCCAGAGACAAGAUUUUAAAAUUCUGCCUCCUCACUGAAGCUCAGCUCGUGAAGUAAAGAAAUCUUAAAUGAGGCUGAAUAGUGGUAACAAAAAGCAUAGUAAAAUUUAUAUAUAAGAAAGAAAUAUGAUUUCAUGUUCUUUAGUUCUCCCAUUUCAGUCUCAAAUUUUCUGAUGAGUUUUCAGUUUUCAGUUCAGUAAAUUUCAGAUGACAUUAGUUCCUCAAAAGCAAUGUUGCAGUUUCCCAAGACUACUACUUAGCCGCAAGCCUUAAUAUCUAUUAUAUUAAUUCUCCUGCGUAUGCCUUGGAAUGUGCGUCCCGGCACUCAGCUGAUUGGCUGGGCAGUGGAGGCGCCUGAUUGGCUGAGGCGCACCCAGGAGAAUUGGCCGGUAAGGCAGUGGUGGGCCAGGCGGCGGCGGUAGUGGGCUAGGCCGCAGUGGCAGUUGCAGCAGGUCCGGCCACAGAGGUGAGGCGAGGCAGGGGCAGGCCCGGCGGCGGAGGCGAGGCGGCGGCAGGCCCGGCCGCGGAGGCGAGGUGGUGGCAGACCCGGCCGCGGAGGCGAGGUGGAGGUGGCGGCAGGCCCGGCUGCAGAGGCGAGGUGGCGCUGCAGGCUCGACUGCGGCGGUGGCACCUCGGCCCAGCAGCCUGGGCCCGGCCGGAGACUGGGGCAGGUGGCGGGCGGGGAGAGGUAGCCGGCCCCAAAGAGCGCACAGAUGGUGUGUGUCGGGGUCGGCUAGUCUGCCAGUAUUUCCUUUCUCUGCUAAAUUCAAGCUGCUAAAUUGUUUUCUUCAGCUCCAACCUAGCCAGGUGAGAUGUGACAUUAAUUCCAGUCAUUUCGAGUGGCCACUAUGCAAUUCAGCACUGUUUACCAUUGGUACCAGGUUAUACAAUAGAGAGAAAAUUCUAUUUUGCCAAUAACAGUGAAUUGAAUUUCUCUCUAUCCACUUUCUCUACAACAUGCAUGAUUUUAUAGACUUCUAUCAUGUCUCCUUGUAGUAGUCUUUUUUCUAAACUAAAAAGCCCCAGGUGUUGUAGUCUUGCUUCAUAAGAAAGGUGCUCUAGGCCCCUGAUCAUCUUGGUUGCCCUCUUCUGCACCUUUUCCAGUUCUACAAUCUCCUUUUUAGAUGUGGUGACCAGAAUUGUACGCAGUACUCCAAGUGUGGUUGCACUGUAGUUUUGUAUAAGGGCAUUAUAAUAUUAGCCAUUUUAUUUUCAAUCCACUUCCUAAUGAUCCCUAGCAUGGAAUUGGCCUUUUUCACAGCUGCCACACAUUGAGUCGACACUUUCAAUGAGCUGUCCACCACGACCCUAAGUCCCUCUCCUGGUCAGUCACCGACAGCUCAGAUCCCAUCAGCGUGUACCUGAAGUUGGGGUUUUUUGUCCCAAUGUGCCUCACUUUAUACUUGCCAACAUUGAACCACAUUUGCCAUUUUGUCACUCACUCACUCAGUUUGGAGAUAUCCUUUUGGAGCUCCUCACAAUCUGUUUUGGAUUUAUCUACCCUAAAUAGUUUGGUGUCAUCUGCAAAUUUGGCCACCUCACUGUUUACCCCAACUUCUAGAUCAUUUAUGAAUAAAUUAAAAAGCACCAGACCAAGGACAGAUCCCUGGGGGACCCCACUUCUUACUUCCCUCCAUUGUGAAAACUCUCCAUUUAUACCUACCCUCUGUUUCCUAUCUUUCAACCAGUUAGCAAUCCAUACAUGUACUUGCCCCCUUAUCCCAUGACCACUAAGUUUCCUCAGGAGUCUUUUUAAUAUGUAAUUUUUAUAUGUAAUUUUUUGUGUAUAUGUAAUUUUUAUAUGUAAAAAAACCACUGUGGCUCUGUGGUUCUGAUUUGCAUACUAAUGUGGCUCUGAUUUGCAUACCAAUUAAGAGAUCUCUAGUGGAUCAAACCAUGUGAUAUCUCUAGUCACUCCUUUUUGUCUGGACUGAUUCAUCACUGAAACCAAUAGAUAGAGAUCUGAGGAAAGGGUGAUGAUUGGUUCAAUUGCCUCAUAUGACUAGUGCUAUUCAUUCCCUGGGCUGUCAUCUAACACUGUCUGAUAUGUUACAUAAAUCUUUCCUUUUGAAGAGGCAGCUGCUCCUUCUGCCUCUGUCCGUCCAUGCCUUAUUGUAGAAAUCUUUUCUUUACUGCAAAGUCCUGCAGCUGCUGCCACAAGACCCCUUUCUUUUGCUUGUGGAAGGAUAGAAGUAACAGUGAGAAGAUGCAGCUGGUGGUGCAAGCAGCAAGAAAACAUGUUACCUCUGUAUUUUGUCAGGGUGCUUCUCGGUGGGAAAUUGGAGAAAAGAAACAUGAAAAAGGGUGUCGUGAAAUUAACAUUAAUUUCUAAUUUUUGAAGUCUGUUGAGUAAGUUAUUCGGGAAAUGUUAGGAACUGACUUUUCACUGAUAGUAAAAUCUCUUUAUUAUUAAGUAUGGGAUAACUGAGGAAAGAAUAUUAACCUAAUAUAAUAUUUGCAAUAAUUUUGAUAGUGAAACAUUGGAGGGUGUUUUUUUGUUAAAAAAAACCCUCUUCAAACAUGGAAUAUAUCAUAUGUUUAUGAGGAUGCCAACCACAAUCAUGCAUAAUGGACUCAGUAGUACAAAUGCUAUUUUUAUCUCUGUAACAAAUAGAGCUAACAAAAUAUUGUUAGAACGGGUGCUUAAUUUACUGUAAAUUAAGUUAUGAAAUGUAUGUAUUAAUGUAUGCAAUAUAAAGUACUUUUGUACUGAUUAUGGUAAAGUGCAUCACAGAUUAAAGGUUGGGGGGUAUUGUACUGCAAUCCAGACAAAUGUGUAAUUUUGUGUGUUUUAUCAUUUUUUCCUUUUAAAAAAUAGUUUGUAAACUUUUUUUGUCUGAAUGCUUGUUUGACCUUUGGGAUCUUUUCAAAAGUUGAUAAAAUAUUGAUGCUGAUAAAUUUUUUUAUUAAAUUUUUAAUUAAAUUGUU